GGCGGGGCGGCAGGUCUGGCGGCGGUGGCGGCGGUGGCGGCAGCUAAGAGUGACUGUAUGUAUGCAAGCAGAGCCCAGAGCAGGAAGAGACUGGAGUGCGCUGACUCUCAGCCCCAUUGGAGAUGGACGACCUGGAGUCGGACUUCAAUCUGAAAGUUGUGCUCACCAGUUUCAAGAAGUGCCUCAACGAGCAGGGAGAGGUGCUGCUGGAGCACUACCUCACCGGCUGGAGGGGGCUGGUCAGGUUUUUGAACAGCCUGGGCGUCAUGUUCUCCUUCAUCUCCAAGGACGUGGUGGCGAAGCUGCAGAUCAUGGAGCGGCUGCGCAGUGGCCCACGACGGGACCACUACAGCAGCCUGCAGUCCAUGGUGGCCUACGAGGUGGGCAACCAGCUGGUGGACCUGCAGUGCCGCUCCAGCCACCCAGACUCGGGCUGCCGGACCGUGCUCCGGCUGCACCGGGCACUGCGCUGGCUGCAGCUCUUCCUGGAGAGCCUGCGCACCAGCCCGGAGGACGCCCGCACCUCCACUCUCUGCACGGACUCCUACAACGCCUCACUGGCCGCCUACCACCCCUGGAUUGUCCGCCGGGCUGUCACCGUGGCCUUCUGCACGCUGCCCACGCGCAAGGUCUUCCUGGAGACCAUGAAUGUGGGGCCCCCUGAGCAGGCCGUGGAGAUGCUGGGCGAGGCCCUGCCCUUCAUCCAGCACGUGUACGACAUCUCCCAGAAGCUCUACGAGGAACACGCCCUGCUGGACCUGCCCUAGGGGCCCCUGGGCCCAGGCUGGGAGGGCACCCCUUCUCCAGAGCUAGGCCGGGGCAGCCAGGCCCGCCAGUCCCACAGCACAGCUUUCUGGGUGCCCCAGGGGCAGGGAAACCACAGGCCCGGCAUGGCCCACCUGGGCAGGACAGAGAAGGCAGGCGCCAGCCAGGUGGGUAAGGUGCAGAGUACAGGGAGGUCGAGCAGUCUUGGCCUUCCUUCGAAAGCCUGAGAGGCCACCCUCACCUGUGAGUCAAGUCUGUGAAAGGGGUGACUCACCAGCCCCUGUAGCCAGCCAGUGCUUGUCCUGUCAGGCCCACUGGGUCCUGUGUCUGUGGCCAGGUGGGCUGCCUGUGGCCCCUCCAUACCAGGCUGGCUGUCCCCCAGGCAGGGAGGGAACAUGGGCAGCUGUUGGCAAUGCCUCUCAUCCCUUGCCACUCACCUCCGUGCUAGCCAGGGACCCACGUGUCCUUGGCAGUGACAGCCGGGAGCUGGAGCCCGGAGCACACAUCAGCUGCCUUCUGCAGCCCCACUUCCCCAGGCAGCUGCUGCGAGUCUGCACAGCACAACCCCGGAGCCCCCGGGAGCCCAGGGCUGCUGGGCCAGCCAGCCUCUCCCUUGUGGGCGUCCCACAAGAUGCUGCAUUCCACCCCCCCCGGCCUGCCCCGCCGCCUCUCCACUGUGACCUCAGGACCUCCGGUGCCAAGGACCCACCACGCAGCAGUCCUGCAUGAGUGUGACCUUGCGGGGACCCUUGGAAACUAUAAUACGGGUGAUGAUUUUUGCAAUGUAAAUAAAUUAUAAUUACAGAAGUGGAUUCUGAGUUUCAGGGUGGAGAUGUGGAGGGUGCCUGGUCUCAGGGCAGGGGAGGGGGGCCCUCAAGGGCAGGGCAGCAUCAGCCACAGGUGCUGCGUCCUGCCCCACCCACCACGUGGGGGCCACUGCCCAGCUAUCCCCUGCAGGGUUUAGCUUGGUCCCCCCAGUCCUCUAAGGAGGUCCACAGGGUGAAGUUUUUGUUGGUGAUAAGACAGAUCAAAGGGCGGGGCUGGAAGGGCAGGCAGGAGAUGGACCUGCCCAGCUGCGGCCAGCAGUGCGGGGGCUGCUCAAGGCUGCAACGUGGCUCCAGACCGAAAGAGGACACAUGUCAGGAAGGGUCCCCUCUCGGACAUCGCCCCAAUGCCAGACCCCGUGCCAAGGCUUGUCCACGCUGAGCAGUGUCCAGGGCCCCGUGUGGGCACCAGCAAUGGCCAAUGGCAAUUCAGGACUUGCCUGGGAGGACCGCCUGGGGUCCACAUGGGCUGGGAAGCACACGUGUGUGAACCGUGCCGUGGGUGUGCAGGUGCAAUGCACUAUUUGUGUCGUGCACCAGGUGUUGUACGCGUGUGUCCUAAGUGUGCUGAGCAGUUGGCCUCCCCACAGGCCAGUGGGAACAGGCAAACACUGGUCCCCAGACCACCCCCAGUAAAUGUCUGCCAGCCCUGGCUGGGAUGCCCAGAGCCCCACCCCAACCAUGCUGCCAGCCAGCCUCCCCCAGCUCCUCGGGGCACACCUCCACCCUGGAGCACGGCACUGGCG